AUGCCACGCAAGAAGAAGCCCCGUCCCUCUCUCAAGAAUCCUCGACUCACUGAGCAUGAGCGUGAGCGAAGCCGAGACACCGUUGGCCGCAUUGUCGCUCCUCCCCCUCCUCCCACGAAACUCAAGUGCCCAGGUCCCCCCGCCACUCUGACGGUCCGCGAGACCCGACGACUUGUGCGCGAGGCGUCCGAGGGACCUACGAAAGCCCCCGCGCCAGACUAA